AAUUGAUCACAAUCCAGCUGGUUGAAAGCCAGACCUAACAGAUAGCUAACCCCAAAUCACAGCGACGGACGUGACAAUGGACAUGUACUCUAAAAAAAGAAAAGGAGAACCGGGUCCACCAAUCCGAAACACGGACCAAGAACCAGCGGAGACACCCGCUCACACGUCCGCCUCUCAGGUCUUUCACACCGGAGACACGGGUCGGAUCCAACCGCUGGACGGAACCGGAAAUGGGUCCAAGACUUCUGAAAACUACAUGAACUCAGUUGGAGCAAGUUCUGCCUUUGAAGACGGGAAGCUACCACCCGUAUCAACCAUGUUUAACAAACUACAGCUUUAUCAAAGUGUGUUAGUGAUGGAGCUGAGUGGCUGCGAUGCUGCUGGUGGUGGUGUCACGUCAAAAACGGUCCCUUCCGGUUCAUGUCCAGCAGCAGCAGCAGCAUCAUCAGGUUCCCAGGUCAGUGUGGUGAAGCUGCUUCCAUCUGUUGAUCAAAUCACAGAGAGGCUGAAUGCCACACAGACCAGUGCAGCUGGAGAACCACUGAACCCAGGUCUAGUCCACUUCACAACCUUACCCAGACCCAGAGGUGAUAGUCCGCUUACCAGUUUUACCAUCCCACCAACGGAGGAAGAUCUGAAGCAGUUGCAGUUUGGCCAAGGCAAGAAUGGAUACAUUAAACGGCCGCCAAAUUCCUUUAUUGUGUGGUCUCAUAUUCACCGCCGCAAAAUCUGCCCUGGAGCCAACAUGAUGGACAGCAGUAGUGUGCUUGGCCGUGAGUGGUCCAAGCUCAGCGAGGAACAGAAGAGGCCCUACUAUGAAGCGGCCUACAAACUGAAAUGGAUACAUAGGCAGCAAUUCCCUGAUUAUGAGUUUCGGCCCCAGAAGAAGAAACGCAUAGAGUGUUUGCCCUCAGGGCAGGGAGCAGGACAGGACCCUGGCAUUUCCUUCUCACAGGCUGUGCCUCCAGAUCAGUCCAAGUUGCAGGGCCCCAACAUGUACCCAUGUUCCGCCAUGAUGCCCUACACAGUGGACUACUAUCCUUACCCACAUUUUUGCCAAUGUCAUCAAAUGGGUCCCCCGUUAAAGGCUUUUCUACAGAUAACCCAAUGCCAGCAGCUCCAUGGAGGACGUGAGGAAUUACCACGACACCAGCAGAGGGAUGAAACCGCAUCAGUGAUCCUUGAGCAGCCUGAUAUUGUCACCAGUCGGCAGCUUUCGGCCAACAACAAAGUGCAGUGUAGACGUCAGGAUGAUGUUGAUGUUGUUGGACUGAUCUAGGAGACAUUUGGCACACACAAGGCAACACUGGCGGUGAUAUUUAGAAGAAUCUAAAUUUGAUUUUAUGGCCAAAUAAAUAAAAUGCUCUGUGACUGUA